AUGCCCUCGCUGAAUGUCGGCAAGUCUGAGGACUACUACGCCAAAGAAGACUUUUCGAAAUACUCAUCGCCGUACUCAGAAUCGCCCGGCGUGUAUGACCGCGAAUACGUCGAGGAGGAGCGCCGGCGCCUGCAGGGAGGCCGCGAGGUCUCCUUUCUCGAUCGCCACGUGAAGAACCCGAGGAUGCGGAACUGCCUCGAGGGCGUCAAAACGGGCAUGAAGAUGGGAGCAGCUGUCGGCGGCAUUUUCGGGUUUCUGACUGGCGGAUACGCGGCUGUCGUGAACAGAAACCUCCUAAUUCUCCCCGUCUCAGUGGUGGGCGGCGCCGUGAGUUUCGGCUUUUUCCUCGGCUGCGGCAUGGUGAUCCGAUGCGAUGAAGCCUCGAGCUCGUCUGCGUCGUCUGCGGCGCGCUUGGCGAACGACAAGCGCUUCCGCUUCCCUGUCAAGGCUCUGCACAGCAACGCAGCCGCUAUGCCGCGGUUCCCCGAGACUACGUGCCGCUUUCCCGCUCUCGAGCGCCGAUUCCGAUAA